AACUGGAAAUGGAAAAUCAUCACUGGCUAACGUAAUUACUAGAACUGAUGAAUUUAGGGAAGGUAGAUAUUCAAUCAGUAAAACAAAGAGAAUACAAACAGAAGAAUUUGAGUAUCAAGGAGUUAAGUAUCAGGUAAUAGACACGAUAGGAAUUUCAGACACAAGAGAAGGCACAGAAAUGUCACUUAAAAAAGUUUUGUAUAACUUGGCUAAAGUUGGUUAUGUGGUAAAAGAUGGUCUGAGCCAAAUAUUACUUGUAACAGAUGGUACUGAUAAAUCUUGGAAGCAAGAAAUUUCGCUCUAUAACUUGCUUAAAGAAACUAUUUUCGAUGAAAAAAUUGCUCAGUAUACUACUAUCGUGAAGACUAGAUUUGCUAACUUUGAAGAUGAGGAGGAAUGUGAAAAAGAUAGACAAAUUUUGUCAAAAGUCGGCGGAGAAGUCGGUGAGUUCAUUAAUGAGUUAAUUGACAAAAGAGGUAAUAAAAUCGUUUAUGUAGAUAAUCCGCCAGUAGAUAUCCCCGGUGAAGGAAAAAGAGUGGAACAACAGAAAAAGUUAAAUAUAGAAACUCGUGAGAUUUCUAGAGAAGUACUCUUAGAAAAACUAGUUGCUUAUGAAAAUGUUUAUAAGCCUGAAAAUCUAGACAAAUUAAACAAGAUAAUUGUUAAAGAAUGA